CUAAUCAAAUCAUAAUAAUCGUGCAAUCGCUGUAAAUAGUGUGUUUUUGCGUGGUAGACUUUACACAGAAAAUUCACAAAUUUAAUCAAUUUCGUCUGUUCGCAUGUUCUUGAUUAAGUGUCUGGAAUUUUUCUGUAAUUUGGACGGAAUCCAAGUCAUAACAGCUCUUGGGGUUAAAACUGAUGAAUCAUGUCUGUCACACUGAAGCAGAUUUUAUUAGAUGCUAAACGCCUCUCAAAUCGAUUGAAAGAACACGAUUCAGCAGCUGAUCAUCUUCUGUCUCAAACUCAAACUGUGUACAAGCAGAUUGAUGCCAUGAAACAGUACACCGAGGACCUGAACGAAUUGAGUGAAAGUAGUGGUCGGCCUCACGCUGCUCUAGUCGCUGAAAUUCAGAAGGAAAACAAAGUUCUGCGAGCACUGCAGAUGGAAAACGCUGAGCUCCGUGCCGCUUUGGAAGACCAUCAAAAUGCCAUCGAGUUAAUAAUGUCAAAGUAUAGGCAGCAGGUAACCAAGUUGAUGCAUGGUAGGAGCUCAGACAUCGCCAAGGAGAUAUUGGAACUGUAUCGAAAAGAGUAUGCUCAGGUGAUUGACAAUCAAAAUAGCAAAAUCAAUGAAAUGGCUAGUGUGAUAACAUAUGCUGUUGAAUUAGAUGAUGACAAACAUAUAAAAGAAAUAUAUAAUCAAAAAGAUGAAGAAAUUUCUCGGCUUACUGUCGAAAACCAGGGCCUGCGAGAAUUAUUAUCAAUAUCCAGGAAAUGUGGUUCUAGUAAGCCUCAAACGGUAGAGCCUAAACAAGAACCAGCAGAAGCUGUUGAAGAGACACCUGCAGAAACAACGGCUGUUCCCAACAGUACGAAAGAAGAGGCUGAUGAUGAUAGUCCUGAUUUAGAUGUUAGUUGUGACUUUAAUACUGAUCCGAGCAAGUACAUGAAGACCAUAAAAAAAGAUACGAAAGAUCCUAAUAUUAGGAAUUUUAAGCAAAAAAAAUUGAAAGGACUUUUUGAAAAGGAAACGGGUGAUGCAGAUGACGAAUGGUGAUUCUUCUAUCACCAAGUCCUGAAACACCCGUAAACAAAUUCGUAAUACCUCCUAUCUCAUGUUGCGCUGCACACUGUACAAAUUAUCUCUCUCUCUUGAUGUUGUUAUUUUUUCACCUUUAAGUUGAUGACAGAACACACGUUGUGGGAGCAAGCUCAUAAGCUGAGACUCCGAACAAACAUGAAUGUCUCAGCUUCAUUAGGAAGUCUUAGGAGCAAUCUUCAAUAUUUUAGAAUGGGCAUAUUUCGUGAGUCUUUUAAGGCGCAAAAUUUUACUUGUGAUUAAAUUGAAGGCAAAGAAGUUGACGGAAAGCCAUAUGCUUUUGGUGCACUCUCGUUCAUUGUAAUGACGCUCAAUUAAGCCAGAUACUGGUGUUGUUUGGCCAAGCACUCUUUAAAUGGCAGUGAGAUUGCUUACUGCUGCAGUCACUUGCCCAAACCUUGGUUUUGUUCUAACAACAUCUCUGAACUUGCAAGCAGAAUGUACAGAGGCUGGACUGAUAACGAUCCAAUUAAACCUCAAACAUAUCCACAUUUGUCUUCCUGAUCGGUUGUAACUGUUGUUGUCCCGAACAGGGCAGUUCCAACAGGAAAAAUCCUCAAUGAGUUUCUCCACUUUAUGAUGAGUACAAUCACUGGAGACUAUGAUUCUCCUUCAACUUCUCUGUCUCUAUCUUGAGAGGUGCUCUACUUACUUUCUCAAUUGCCUGUGUGGCAUUUCUUUACUUACCAGAUAUCAGCAACUCCUUAAAUAUAUAAUCAACAAUUGAUCUUGUAGGAAAUCUUGAAUUGCCAAGGUUGACUUGUCGCUCUUUAUUUAAAUGUUACAGUUGUUUAUUUUGCCCUGAAAAAGUAGGAGUAUCGAUAUUCUGAAAAUAUCUGGGCAGUCUUCAAAGUCACUAAUAAGUCUCGGUAAAUAAUAUUAACUGUACAUACUUAACAACAAUCUUAACAAUUAUCUUGCAGAAGUAACAAGAACAUAAUUCAUGCAUGCUUUUAAUCCAUGCUAAAAUUUUGCAAGUAACCAAAGUGAAAAUAUCACGGCAUAAAAUCAAAUAUCUGGCCGAUGUGGACCAAUACUUGAUAUCGUUCAAAUCAUAUCAUACACAUGUGGAAACUUAAAAUAAGACCAAAUGUUUCUGCGAAGAUAUGCAAGGUUUGUGUUUGAAAUUUCAUUACCAACUAACAUAAGAUUAAAUUUUCUUUAUCAAACUUCUUAUAAGGAUUUGAAAAAGUUUAAAUCCAGGAAAUAUAUUAGAAGUCUAUGUCUUGGAUUUAAGUUGUAUACAGACGUCUUAAGAUAUAGCUGGAAUACCUAACCUUGCCUCUUCAAUAAGUAAACUGAGUUAAUCUGAGUUGGCUCUUCAUCACAAGUUACACAUGUUCCUGUAGAUGUUUAAGAUCUCUCUUCAUGCCAGUAGAAAUCUAUAUACCUGAAAAGAUUUCAGGCACUCAUAUCAACAAGUAUCAUCUUAAUCUCUAUUUUGAAAAUGGCUCUUCUUUUUAUCUCAGAAGCUAAUCUGUCAAGAAAUCUAAAUGUGUCAUAUUCCUCCUUGAAAUGAUUGAAGCAAGUCAGCAGAAGCUUAUCAAAGACAAUAUGAAAACUUAGUGAUCGAAAUCAUUAGAGAGAUAGUCGGAUGCCGUAAAAUUUUGAUGUCCAAUAGCCAGGGUGCGUAGGAAGGGUAUAAGUAAGACUUUAUUCCUGAUAAACCAGAUAAAACCCUUUCUGUGUACGUAAAAACUGCUCAUAGUUCUAAUGUAGUUCACUAACAAAACAUAUACUUUAUUGGUGAAAGAGUUGAUAAAAAGUUAGGGCCCGAUAAACCAAUUUGGAAGGAUGAAGUAGACUAAUUCUGUGCCAUAAAGGGUGGCUCCCUUCUUAUACUAUUAGUCUUACCGUACAUUCACUAAAUUUUUUAUCUAUUUUCAAGUAUUUAACGGAAAACAGACACCGCUUUCAAUUUCAAAAUUAUGUAUCAGGCUCGAAAAAAGAACCAAGGUGGAUGAAAUAAACAGCCAAAGAUUAUUUUUUCUUGUGUAAAAAAAUUCAUUGUAAUUUUUUUAUUAUGAAACGAUUUUGUGAGAAAAUAGCAAGUCCUUUAUCAGUACAAAUCCUUUUUGAUUUUCUUUGAAAGAAUCCAAGAACAACGUUUCCUAUUUCCAGCCCUAUCUUUUAUUUGAGAUAAGGCUCAUGAAGACUUAAAACAGAUUGAUUCUUUGCGGAAGUGCCACCGACAGUGUAACAUGUUCCAUCAAAAGUGAGAGGAAAGUGGGACUCACUUUGAGAUUCUCACUUUUUAUUUUUCCGUAUUGUAGAUUUUAUUCUUUAAUUCAGUGUCAUAUAGGUUAAAUGUAUAGAUCACCCAUUAAAAACAAAAUAAAAAAUAUUUGUUUAAA